UGUCCCACCACACCCGAGGCAGGCACCUACUGUGGGUUCAUAAAUCCAGAAGACCCGUGUGCACCCCAGCCCGGCGGACAAGGUCCAAGGGUAGUUCCGGACACAGUAUCAGCCUUCAAAGACUACACACCCUUCCAAAGCAUGUCUCUAAACAACACAUACGCACCUGGCUACACCAACGUCUUCACAAACCUCACUGCAUCAGCAAACCUACACUCCUAUCUCGGUCUCUACUACCUUGACACCUACUCCCCCUCUGCCUGCGCCCAAAAAUGCAACUCCGCAGCCAACUGCACAAGUUUCAAUCUCUACAUUGAACGCGACCCCAGUCAAAACCCCACCAAAAACGACUCUACAGCACCUACAGUAUGGGGAUAUUGGUGUCCCAACCCUCCUUCUAUUACAAACUAUGUAUGUGCGCUUUGGGCAGAUGCAAUGUACAAUGCUUCAGCAACGAAUUAUGGCCAGUAUCGCGGUGGCGAUUUUCAAGUUGCUAUCGUGGGGAGUAAUGGGUUU